AUGGGCAUCAACAUUGGCUUUGUGAUAGUCCCGGUCAUGAUCGUCAUCGGGAUAUUCCUCUCCAUUUUCCUCCGAUUUACAAGCCAGGGCAGAAAUCUUCGGAAACGGCAUGACGAAUGGAACACUAAACUCAAUCUUCGGUUCAACUAUCGGUACCGCAAAUUGUACAAAAAAAGAGAGCGAGCGCUCCUUGAAGAGGUGGAGAAGCGCGAAAAUGAGGAGAAGGAGACGAGUAACGGUGUGCAGGUCUGGUUCUCACGGUACAUUAGCCACGGUCAGCUCAAGCAUUGGGUCCUGAUCAUCAACGGUGUGAAAUAUGAGCUGCGAAGAGACGACGCCGCCAAUACGUACAUCCACAGCGUCAACCGACAUCCCAGUUGGAACUCUGUCAAAAUCAAGCGCGACGCAGCCCUUGCGGAGAAGCAGAUUCCGGAUGUUGACGGCUUUUACAUCUGCCUCAUUGGCUGGACGCGCCUGUCCGAUACCGAGCUGGAAAGGCAAUGCCGGACGGUGAUGCAGAAUUUCCCACCCUACAAUAUGAUUUGGAACAACUGCCAGGACUUUUUGAAGCAAUUCGCGGAUCUUAUUAUUAGCACCAAAGCCAGCGACUGGGUGUGGUUCCGAGAGAAUACCAAGACUGCGUACCAGUCCAGCCAGGAGCUACCGAAAGCCCCUGAAGCCCUUAUUCAAGCGCAAUUGAACCUUCAACAACACCAUGGUCACCAUGCCCUGAGUCACCAAACUCAACAACAACUUAUCAAUCAGUUACAGAUUCAAACUAUGAUGCAAGCAAAUAUUGCAACCAACUCACUGGCAGGCUCGAACGGUGGGUGGGCGCCUGGCGCCACUCCAGGAAUACAAUGCUAA